AUGACGACAGCAACCGUUGCAGCGCAGCAGAGUGAGAACUUGGGACGGUAUCCCUGCAGCAGCAGCAGCAGUGGCGGCAGCGGCAACAGCGGCUACGCCACAACCACGGCCACCGGCACACCCAGCACCCAGCGGUUCACAAUGAACGACACUCAACAGCAGCAGCCGCAGCCGUUGCAUACGAUCGACAACAGCCCGCAACAUCAGCAGAACACGAACGGUAGCAGCGGUGGUCUCAGCAUAGCGGCCAACCUAGCCCUGCACGGUGGCGUCCCCUCCAACGGUAGCAACAGCAACGGCCCCGGCAACAGCAACAUCAACCACGGGAGCAGCAAACACCGCAGCGGCGGCUCGCUGAACGAGGCCAAAAUGGAACACCACCACCUGCGAGAGCAGCAGCACCAUCAGUCCCAACAGCAGUCCCAGCAACAACAGCACCAUCAGCAACAGUUACAGCAGCAACAACAGCAUGCGCUACACAGCCGGCUCCGCGGCGUGUCACCGACGCCGUCCGAACAGCAGUACGCCCUCAAGUGGAACGACUUCCAGUCGUCGAUCCUGUCGUCCUUCCGGCAUCUGCGCGACGAGGAGGACUUUGUCGACGUGACGAUUGCCUGCGAGUCGCGAUCGUUCACGGCACACAAGGUCGUGCUGAGCGCCUGCAGUCCGUACUUUCGCAAGCUACUGAAGGCGAACCCCUGCGAGCACCCGAUUGUCAUCCUGCGUGACGUGCGCUCGGAGGACAUCGAGAAUUUGCUUCGAUUUAUGUACAACGGCGAGGUACACAUCGGACAGGAUCAGUUAAGCGAUUUCCUCAAAACAGCCCAGCUGCUGCAGGUGCGCGGCCUAGCCGAUGGUACGACUGGCGGCAACCCGACCGGUGGCCGCACGUCAGCCAACUCGUCCAUGCUAAACUCCUCACUAUCGACACCUGCCGUGCAGGAGCUAAAGGCAUCACCGACGUCCACCUCGUUACCGUGGGAGCUGCCGGACGACACGAAUCCGGCCCCGCCGCCCCAGAAGCGCACCAAGAGCUCGGAGCUGUACCGCAAACAGCACGGCCUCAGCCCCGACGAUCCGAUCCCGCUCGAUCUGCUGCCGAUCGGGCAGCACCCGCUGACCCGGGAACGCGACCGUUCGAAGGACAAGAGCAAGGACCACCACCAGCACCAGCACCGGGGCUCGUCCGAGCACGACCUGCACCAACACCACCACCACCAUCACCACCACCAGCAGCAGCAACAGCAGCGCGAGCGGGACCGAAGUUUGGAGCUCCGCGAGUCCCUUCUCGGGCAGGCGCUCGAAGGUGGACCAACCCUGACGGUACCGUCGAAACAUCCCGAUCUGCUCUCGCUACAGGCCGUGGCCAGCGGGGAGGACUCGAACAGCAGCGACACGGCCGCCUCCGACCACGGUGACGACAUCGAGGGCCUGAACGGCAACGUGGAGCACACGCGGCCCUCGUUCCCGUUCCUCGGCCUGCAGGGCAUCCCCGGUCUGAUACCGGGGCCGUCCGGUAUGCACGGCGACAAUUUCGAUGCGCGCCAACAUUGCGACGCGUUGAUCAAGGAGGAGAUCGACGACGCGACGCAGCGAAGCGACCUGUCCCCGUCGCGCACGUCUCCCGACAGGCGCAGUCGCGACCACGAGCGGGCCCAGAACGAUCUCGACUACGGUAGAUCGGGCCGUCAGCAGCAGCAGCAACACCUUCACCAUCGCCGUCUGGCGAAGCGGUUCAAACGCCACCAAUUCGAGCACUCGCACCACGCAGCGGCUGCGGAAGCUGCCGCUGCCCAGCAGCGAUCGGGCGGUGGUGGGCCGGUGGCGGCAUUCCACGACGAGUCGGGUGAUGAUCGUGAUCGUGAGACUGAGCGCCGUGCCGCCGGGUUGUCGGCACUGGACGACGCCCGGGAAGCUCUCGCCUUGCGGCGGCGGCCAAUUACAAACCACACCGAAGUGCCAGCUCGGCGGAAGCCGACGUUCAGCGACAGUAGCAAGCUUGGGGGAAGCAACCGCCACCACCACCAGCACCAGCACCACCGGUACGACGAGGACGACCCGGACGACGAAGACGGACGUCGUGGUCGAGGGGAACGGCGUGUGCCGGCACACGCCGGCGAGCAGGAGGACGAUGACGAUGACAAUAUGGGCGCAAUGCGCGACGAGGAGGACGAGUACGAAGACGGGGGGGCGGCUAGCGAGGAGAACGAGGUAGAUCUGAAGGUGGACGGACGGCUGUCGGCCAUCGCCACCACGCUGGACAGUGAGUACCACAAGCGGAUGGCGGCGGCCGGUGUCCUGGCGGCGGCAGCUGCGGCCAGCGCCGUCAGCAGCAUGAACGGAGCGGCCGCCCUUGGCGACGCUGGCAGCGAGCAGGCGGCGGCCGACUUCUUCGCCGCCCACCACAAGGCCGGCACGCACGAGCUGGCCUUCAAGCAGCACUUCCUCAACGAGAAGGUACGCCUGCAGGCUCUGCUUCAGCGGCAGGCCCAGCAGCACCAGCACCACCACCACCAAAAGCUGGCCGGGUUUCUGCUCUCGACGGCCAGCACCCCGCCGACGCCCACCCUGACGCCCACCAGCGUGUUGAAUCUCGGGCAGGCGAGUGGCUCGGAUCAGCGCGGCGGCUCACAGUCGCCGGCGGCCAGUGGCUGCCGUCCCUCGGCGGCUACGGUGGCCGCUAGCGGUGUCGGUGGUGCUAAUGCAUCCACCGGUGGCGGCUACGACUCGGGCGCGGGGGGCAACAGUAACGGUAGCGGCAACAGCAAACAGCAAUCGUCCGUGGCGGCCGUUGCUGCUGCAGCUGCCGCCGCCGAUCGCCUUUUUGCCGCCGCUUAUAGCAGCGCAGGGGGUGGCGGAAGCGGUAGUGGCACUGCUGCUGCGCCGCCAUCUGUGCCGGGCAGUAGCAGCAGCAACAACACCGGUGGUGGUACCAAAGGUAGUAGCUCUAGCACCAGCACCGGCGGUAAUGGCACCGGAAGUGGCCAGGGCAAUGCCACGGGCCAGGUCUAUCUGCUGCCCUGUCCCCUGUGCGAGGUCCCACUGGAGCCGCGCGUUUUCCGACAACACCUGGACCGCCACUACCCUCGGGACAGUCCCGUGUGUCCGGUGAUCCAAUGCGGAAGGCGCUUCGCGCACCCGAACUCGGUGCGCAACCAUAUGCGCCUGAAGCACACGAACCAGUGGGCCCAGAUGAAGGCGAUGCGCUCCUCCGGCGGUCCCUUCACGGGCAUUCCGUGA